AUGCGUGUCGUCAAGCUCGUCAUCGGUAUCCGUCGACCUCGACUCUCGUGCCCGGACCGAAGGGGGCAUCCGGCAGCUGUUUGGAGGACAGAUAGAUUCACCCGAAGGAGAUUGGGCGUUCGGAGAGUGCCAGUAGGAGAUGGGAUAGUAAAGCAGGAAGCCAGGACAAAGAAGACGCGCCACGCGUGUAUAGUGGACAAAGGCCGACCUUGCGAUUGCGAUGGCACAUUCCUUCCUCCAGGAACACCUCCUCCACCACGAAUACCGGUCACCUCCUACAACCCUUUCGAGAAUCGCGCGGCGUUCCAAUUUGCAGAACUGGUCUUCAAAAAGAUCCAGGCAUCGUACGGUGACGUGAACGAGCUACUGAGGAAUGUUGCAGCAUACAAUGUAUCUCAAGGUGGUGGCGAGCCGCCUUUUGAAGACGCGGAGGAGCUGUACUCUACGAUCGAUGCGAUUCCGUACGGCGAUGCACCGUGGGAGUCAUUCACCAUCCGCUAUACAGGUGAAGUCACUCCGGAGUCGCCCUCUUGGAAGCGAGCCGACUACGUUGUGCACAACCGUAACGUCCGACAGGUUGCUCACAAUAUGAUCGGAAACGAAGGCUUUGACGGGAUGUUCGACACGACACCCUACCAAGAAUACACCGCACCCGGAGUGACGCGGUUCUCCAACAUGAUGUCGGGUGAAUUUGCAUACAGACAAGCAACGACAAUCGCACAGGACCCUCUCACUCACGGAUCAAUGCUUACAACUGUCAUCCUUGGCGCCGACAAGACAACGGUGUCCGUUGGGACGGGCGGGCAAGAAUUUCAUCCUGUGUAUAUGUCUAUUGGUAAUGUACACAAUUCGGUGAGGCGUGCACACAAGGAUGCAAUCAUUCCGGUUGCGUUCUUGGCGAUCCCUAAGGCGGCGCGAGGCGAAGCCGAGACAGAUGAGUUUCGAACGUUUCGCAAGCAGUUGUAUCACGCGUCACUCGCGCACAUCCUCUCAAGCCUUCAGCCUUACAUGCAGACCUACGAUGUCGUUCGCUGCCCUGACGGACACUUCCGACGUGUCAUAUAUGAUCUCGGGCCGUUCAUCGCGGACUACCCCGAACAGGUUGUUCUGUCCGGAAUAGUGAGUGGAUGGUGCCCGAAAUGUCUCCUUCCACCAGACAAACUGAACAUGGGUGGAGGAGAGCCACGCUGUCGCGAACAUACUGAGCAUCUCGCUGGCACGUUCGAUGCCGAAUUGAUCUGGAUCACAUGGGGAGUUGAUGUGAAUGUCAUUCCGUUCACAACAUAUUUCCCCCGCGCCGACAUCUACGAACUUCUCACGCCCGACCUGCUCCAUCAGCUCAUCAAGGGUACUUUUAAAGAUCAUCUCGUCGAGUGGGUAGAGAAGUACCUCUAUCUUGUACAUUCAAAGCCCGAAGCACGUCGACGAAUGGACGACAUCGAUCGAAGAAUCGCCGCUGCACCUCAAUUCCCUGGACUUCGACGGUUCCCUGAAGGCCGGAACUUCAAACAAUGGACCGGAAACGACUCCAAAGCACUGAUGAAGGUUUACCUCCCCGCGAUAGAGGGGCACGUGCCUGACGACGUGGUCCGCUGCUUUGCAGCGUACCUCGACUUCUGUUAUCUGGCUCGACGAUCCGCUCAUGAUGACCACUCACUGGCGGCCAUGCAAGAGGCUUUGGGCCGCUUUCACCGAUAUCGUACCAUCUUCGAGACCGUUGGUGUACGCCCUGAGGGGUUCUCACUCCCGCGGCAACAUGCCCUUGUCCAUUACAUCACCGGCAUUCGGCUCUUUGGUUCCCCAAAUGGCGUCUGCUCAUCAAUUACAGAAUCGAAACACAUUCGUGCCGUCAAAGAGCCAUGGCGACGCUCAAGCCGGAACAACCCAUUGUCAGAAAUGCUCCGUACCAACCAACGGCUAGACAAGCUCAGCGCGGCACGGGCAAUCUUCCAGAGCCGACAAAUGCUCGACGGUGAUGUCCUGGCGGACGCUAUGAACUUGGGGCUUUUCACUAUGGAGGCUGACAUCGAUGCGGAGGCUAUUGACGAACCUGAGGAUGAGGUGGCGGACGUCGAUGGAUCUGCAGAGGCUAUCGUGGAGCUUCCAAGCCGACAAGUCUAUAUGCGCGCUGUCGAGGACCUUGCUGCGGAAUACCAGCAGCCCGACUUGCUAGAGUUGAUCCGGCGAUUCCUCUUCGAUCAGCUCUGCGACACAGACGAGGUCAACUCGAGUGAGGUAGAACUGCCGGAGUGUCCCCAGUUCUUUGGGAAGGUCGCCGUAUUUCGGACCGCGCAUGCGACGUUCUCUGCGCCGAGCGAACUUUCCGGUAAUCGCGGCAUGCACCGGGAACUAAUUCGCUCCAAUCCGUCAUACCGCGGCCACUCCCGCUAUGAUACGGUACUUGUCAGCAUUGACGCAAACACGCCCGGAAUGCAGGGCAUGGCUGUGGCGCGGGUGACAGGGCUCAUGGUCAUUCCUUACCGUGGAGAGCGAUACCAAUGUGCACUGAUCGAUUGGUUUGACGUUACAGAUCAGCCAGAUGAUGUGACUGGUAUGUACGUCGUUCAGCCUGAGAUUAUUCAGGGACAGCAGGCAUCAUCGAUAGUACACCUAGAUAGUAUCUUCCGCGCCGUCCAUCUCAUGCCAGUGUUUAGGGACACAUUCAUGCCUCUCACUUUCCAUUUUUCGUAUAGCUUAGAUGCGUUUGAAUCGUUCUAUAUCAACAGGUAUGGAGAUUACCAUUCACACGAAUGUAUAGUCUAG